AUGGGUCGCAAACGCUUAUCGAGUAAUGAUUCAGUAACGACAACAACUAGUAAUUCUCCAGUUAAAUUCAUAAAUACAACAACUGGUGGUAUGCAACAAAGAAAUGCUGCUAAUGCUCGUGAACGAGCUCGAAUGCGUGUAUUAAGUAAAGCUUUUAUUAAACUGAAAACUCAUUUACCAUGGGUUCCACAUGAUACAAAAUUAUCAAAACUAGAUACACUCCGUUUAGCUACAAGCUAUAUUCUUCAUUUAACACAGAUAUUAGAUACUGAUGAACUUCCAAUACAAACCGUAGCAGCACAACCAACUACUACAUCACUUUCACUUCAAACACCAAACAAUUUCAAUUGGCCCUACUCGUCUUGUCAUCGAUCUUCAUCACUAUGUGCUAUGAAUGGUCGAUUAUCUUCAUCGCCCAAUAUAAAUAAUAAUUCUUACACAAACAAUGAUUAUCAAUAUCAAAUUCAAUCAGAACUUCUCAAUGAUCAUCAAGAAAAUAUAAUCGAAGAAAAACCACGACUAUGUUAA